AUGUCGUUGUUAAAACCUGGAGAAGUAAAUUUAGGGACCACAAUUAUGGCGGUUGAGUUUGACGGUGGAGUGGUAAUUGGAGCUGACACACGUACCAGUACUGGCAAUUAUGUUGUAAACCGAACAACCGAUAAAUUGACCAAGGUUCAUGAUCAAAUUUUUUGUUGCAGAUCAGGAAGUGCAGCAGACACACAAGCUAUUGCUGAUAUUGUUCAUUACCAUUUACAAAUGUACACAACUCAAAAUGGCGAAGCUCCGACAGUGCAAACAACAGCAGCUUUAUUUCAACAAAUAUGCUAUCAAAAUAAAGAUAAUAUAACUGCUGGUAUUAUUGUAGCAGGAUGGGAUAAAUAUAAAGGUGGAUCAGUGUAUAUUAUUCCCCUAGGUGGUGCAUUACUCAAACAACCAUAUGCCACUGGAGGUAGUGGAUCUACAUAUAUAUAUGGUUAUUGUGAUUCUGCUUACAGACGAAAUAUGAGUCGUGAAGAAGCAAUAGAAUUUAUGAAAACUGCUAUUGCACUUGCUGUUGCGAGAGAUGGAUCUUCUGGUGGAUGUAUUCGUAUGGCUGUUAUCACAGAACAAGGAGUUGAACGAUUAUUUAUUCCAGGAGAUCAAGACUUUCAUAACAAUAAUAAUAAACAGCAGCAGCAACAAAUUGUAGGAGGAGGUGGUGGUUCUUCGUUGUUCUUACAACUACAAAACUCAAGACAACCACAAUCAAUUCAACCGGCAACCGCAUUUACUAAUAAUACUAACGUACAAGGGCUUUCUUCAACACAAGGCUCCCGAUAUCAACAAAAUCCUACACCACAUCAGUCACCUCCACAUCAAUCAAAUACAACAUUAAAUUUACCACAUAAUGUUCUUGCCAAUUUAGACCACUCCACAUUAUCAUCACAUAGUCCUCAUUUAUUAGCAAUUAAUUUAAAUAAUUACAAUGACAAUUAUGAUAAUUCAAUACAAUAUUCACCAAUGCCGUCUUCUUCUUACCACCAACACCAUCAUAUUGAUUCAUUAGUUAACACUUUGCAUCCUCAUCAUCAAUAUUCAUCAUCUGGAUCAACCCCUCAACAACCCUUCAAUUUGCAAUCCAUUCAAAAAGUUAAUUCUUCCUCACCUUUUAUUGCUGCUAAUACUGUUCAACCAAAUCCAAAAGGAUUAAAAUCACAAAAAGAUUCCAAUGCAGUUGAAGAUGCAGCACGGACACUCUUUUUAUCUUCAAGAUUGAAUAGUGAUUUCAAUUUUAAAGAUAAUAACAAUAAUAAAUUUCUAAUAACUCCAACUUCUUCGUUUCAAUAUGAUCAUCCUUUACAACAUGAUUCAUUGGAUAUUGAUGAGACUCCAAACAUUUAUACCAAACAUAAUCAACAACAAGAACAACAAAAACAUGGUAGCAAAGAUUAUACAGAUGAAGAAACUAUAGAGAAACAGGGAGAAAUAGGUUUAAUACCACAUAAUAGAGGUCAUAAAUUAAAAAAUAGAGCUUACACAAUAGGUGAAAAAUCAAGAUUGCAAGCACCAUAUGAUAUUUACCAAGACAUUGAAUAUAUCGACACGCCAAAUAAUCAAAGAUGUCCUAUAAUCCACAAGUUUUCUAGGAAUUCUAUUUUGAAAGCAGUGGAAUGUUUCAAUGAUUUGGAAUUCGAUCCUUAUAAAGAUAUUAAUGUUAGAGAAAUUUUUUACCCAUUAGAGAAAUUAGAAGAUGUUGUCAGGAAACCUCAUUAUAAAAGGAUUUUAAAUGACAGUUCAUUAACACAUUGUGCUGAUUUCUUGAUGGAAAGAAUUGAUAAUGAGAAGAAUUUCAAUAAUGUAAUUAGUAGACUGAUGACUGUAUUGCAAGGUGAUGAUGCCAUGUAUCCAAACCUGGACUUUAAACUUAAUCCACCGUCUGAAAUAAUCAGUACUCGUGUUGUUAAAGUUGAAGAGGAAGGUGGUGUGGAUUUGGGUGUACUUGGUGUUGGAUUACAAGGAAAUGAUAGGAAUAGGGAUAUAAGAGUUCAUGAAGCUAAAGACCAAGGAUUAGAAACUUUAAUCGCUGUUCGUGAACAAUUACAAGAACAAAUUAGUAAUAGUAAUGAGAUUUUAAGGUGUUUAAUUGAAUCAAGAAAUGGUGUAUUAAAAGCUAUAAGACAAAGGGAUUUAUUAAAAGUUAAAAUUGUUUCAAUUGAUAAACAUAAAAAAAAAUUAGAAAAAAAAGAAUUAAAAAGAAAUUACCAAGAAACUUUGGAAUAA